AUGUCAACAAACAACAUUGAAAGCACCGCAGCACGACUAAACGCAGUAGUUGCAACAGCGGGAGUAACGGAUUGUACAAACGGAGAUACCGCACCUGGAUCAGGCAGCGGAGGCAACAAUCCUAACCACAGAGCGUUAAGUUCAGGGGGACAAAUACCAGCUCCCAUGUACAACAAACAAUCGUUGAUAUUGAGCUACCUCACCAGAGAGAAAGAUAGCACAGGACCGCCACGUCAACCAGGAACAUUAGAAUGUUCCAACAAACAAAAAGAUGGCACCAAUAAUCAAAAGGACAAACAUAAGCAACAAACUACUUACCAACAAGAUUAA